AUGGAUACAACAGCUCUGAUCUACAAGGUCCUCUGUGCCCAUAAUGGAUCAUUUGAGCUGGGAGAAUUGCGUGCCAACAUUAGCACGAUAGAAGAUGACCUGGAAAGUGUUUUAGGGAAUCAGGAGAUGUUUACCAGUGCUGUCUCUAAGGGAAACAAACUGAUAGUUGCCCAGACAAAGAUGAGGUUAUGCAGAGCUAAUGGAUGUAGUGGCUGCAGCAAUUUACACCUGUGCAAGUUCUACCUGUAUGGAACAUGUCCAUCCAAUGAGAGGUAAACAUUUUUUACUUUACUGUUUGUUUUUACUCUGGCCUACGAACCGUCUCUGAAUCUCAAACGUGCAGUUAUUUACCCAUCAUAUUACUUCUAUUAAUUCUACUAUUUUAUUUCUUCAAUUUUCUAAAUUCAUGUGGUCUUACAGAAUGUGACAUAGGGAAUGCACUUCAGUAUAAAUGUCAAUAGCUACAGGUUCGUGGCAGUUUGUAGAUAUGACAUUUUAAGAAAAACUAAAAAAAACGUUUUAAAGAGCUAAAUAUGAAAUCUACUGUCGCUCUUCUUGUGAUUUGCAGACAAGGAUGCCGUCUCUGCCAUGAGCUGACAUCAGAGCACAACAUCUGAGUCCUGAGAGAGCAUCACCUGGAGGAACUGGACAGGAAGGAGCUGUGUACAUUAAUGCUGCAGAAUGACAACGCCCUUAUACCCCCAGUAUGUGCCUCAUAGGCCUAUAUACAGUGCAUUCGGAAAGUAUUUAGACCCCUUUACUUUUUCCACAUUUUGUUAUGUUACAGCUUUAUUCUAAAAUGUAUUAUAUAUUUUUUUCCCCUCAUCAAUCUACACACAAUACACCAUAAUGACAAAGCAAAAACUAUUUUUUAGAAAUGUUUGCCAUUUUAUUACAAAUAAAAAACAGAAAUACCUUAUUUAAGUAAGUAUUCAGACCCUUAGCUAUGAGACACUAUGUGUACUAAACUGAGCAUGCAGAUAUCUGUAGCAAGUAAAAAAUAAUGUCUUUGAAUUGGGACUGAUGCACUUAAACAGAGUUUGCACUUAUCCAAUGUCCUUAUCAAGCCCUUAUCAGGAGUGGUCUGUAUUUAUCUCCAGGUUUGCUUCACAUACAACAAAGGUAGUGGAGAGUACGGCUACUGUCCUGACAAGGAGAGCUGCAGAAGACUCCACGUCUGUGAGCGCUACAUUACAGGAACCUGUGCUGCGGACGUGGACUGUGGCAGGUCUCACGACUUCUACGAGCCCCACCCGCUCAACACCCUGCAGCAGAGGGGAGUACCUAAUGAACUGGUGGCAUCCAUGUUGUCCACCUACCGCAACAUCCAGGCAAUCAGGGAUACAAAUGAUGCUAGUGACAACCCACGUUGGUAAGAGACCUUGUAGAGUAGCCUACACUAACCUCGGUCCCCGUGCUCAACUGCUAUUGGAUAUAAGUUUGUAGAGAGAGCUGCCUGGUGGAUGAGAUCAUACUGUACUGAUUUUACUUUCUUAUAAUGCUGUCUAACUUUCUCUACUCAUCAGCAGCUAAAUUGAUUCUGGUAACUGCCUGCUGAAAUCCAAAGAUUUACCCAGUCACUGGGAUAAAUCUUCAGUACCUGAAACUGGAUUCAAGGUUCAUAAUAAUUGUUUACUUUUUUAACUCAUAAGAUCUUCCAUCUGGUCAGAAAUGUAAAGGCAGUGCAUUAUACAUCUAUUGCGUUCGCAUUGGUAAAAUGAGGUGUUUUUUCCAAAUGAAUUCUCUCUAGAGGGUUGCUCUGCAGAGUUCCUCAGCAGAGCACUAGAAUAUUCUGGAUCUUUUCCAUCAAACUAUGACUUGCUUCAGUGUGAAGAGUAUUGAGAGGGUGCAUAAUCAGAUCCUGUGGGAGGUCUUUUCGUGGUAAGAAUCCAAACUCCUCAUGCCAAAAGAAAUGUAAUCUACCCAAGAAAUAUGUUCAUAUUGUCUGCGUUAAUCAAAGCAGUUACAACAUAACAUAUGCAAACAGAUAUAACAUGUUAAUGGUAACUGGUCCUUAGAUUCUAGUAGCAAAAGAGCAGACACUUUCAAACGCUAUGAGGUGACAUGCCAAUGAAGAUACUGACAAAUGAAUCUGUUCCUUUCCCAAGGCAAGGAGAUGUAAUGAGAAAAACAAACACAGGGAAGGAGAAUGAGAAGCAGCUCUUCCAUGGAACAGACUCUAAACACGUGGAUGCUAUAUGCCUGCAGAACAUAGACUGGAGGAUUGGUGGAACACAAGGAAUGCUGUAUGGGCAAGAUAAAUUCUGCAUUUCAUGUGAUAUCUAA